UCGAGUUCGAGUGCCAAACUGUGAAGUGUGUGAUAUUAACACAAAGUUCUGUGGUAUAUUGUUAAUAGUUAAAGCAACCUACGGUUUAUAAGAUGUCGUGUUUUGGAGGUAGCGUGCUAAUUCCCGACUGAGGGCAGUGCAGUGUAGUUAAGUGAAGUGCAGUGAUGUAAGUUUUAAGCGAACAGUGCAGAGAGGAAGCCACCAUGCUGCCUACUAAUGUUAUGUCCUUUAUGAAAAAGAUGGUGGCGACGGAGGACACGGCAAACACGGUGCCGGGACAGAUCGAGGCGCCCGGCACCUUCGGCAAGCUGCGGCAGACGCUCUCCUCCAGCUUGCUCACGGCCCAGGAUAAAGUUACAACAAAACUGGGCCCGCGGCAGGCCGAACCCGUGGCGGAGCCGGCGCCAGCGCCGCCGCCCGCGCAACCACCACCUGCACCCGCGGUUAAAACUGAACGGGAAGCGGGUAAGGCGCCAUCGCGGGCAGGCGCGUGCCGCGUGUGCCUGAAGGCGCUGAAGCCCGGCGAAAUGUUUCACACGUGCAACGGCUGCCAGCACCGCGUGUGUGAGGACUGUUCUUCGUACUCCAAGCCGGCGGAGAACGAGGAGGCGAACUCAUGGCGAUGCUCCGUUUGCCGGCGCAAAGCUGCUCCGCGACUACCACCCGCAGCGCAAGACAGUACUGAUUCACUCCUUGAUGUGCCUGUGCUGGAUUCCCUACAGCGGCGUCAUUCGGAAGCUCGGUUGGGCGGUGGCACCUCCAGUACCGGCCUCGCGCCGCCACGCUCGCCCGAACUACGCAGACACUCAGACGUCUCACCCGCCUCGCUAAAAGAACUAGAAAAGUUAAAGGGCGGCGGCACGGCGACGCCAGCGAACGAGUCGCGACGGCCUAGCACGGUGUCGCCGGCGCGGCGGCGGUCGGUGCGCAUGCCCGCCGCGCGCCAGCGCAGCGUCGACGACGACAAGCAGGACUCGCCUGCGCACUCGCCCGCGCUCGUCGCGCCACCACCGAUGUCUAGGAGAGCAUCAGCAGUGGACGUGGUCGGCGGCGCGGGAGCAGGAUCGCGUCGAGGCUCCUACCGUACAGAAGACACAUCCGAAUCAACGCCUUCGAUCGCCGGACUCGCCGUGGACGAAGACCGCCCCAUCAGGCGCCGCGGUAGUCAGCUCCCAGACAUAGCCGCACUUCAACAAAGGACGGGGGCGCUCAGUGCAAUGGCUGCUCUAGCCCGCACUGGAGACCCCUCGGAAGCGCCAGGCCCCUCGGCUGCAGCACUGGCCGCCGCCGCUGCAGCCGCGCGACAAAUGUCGGUUGACGCGGAGGCGAUCAAGAUCGUCAUACACGACGUCGAUGAUCGCUCUCCACGACGAGUCUCGCUGCGUCGCGAUCCUAAUGACAAAAGAUCACGUGGUUUCGGCAUGCGCGUCGUGGGGGGCAAGCCGGACGCCAGCGGUCGCCGGGAGGCCGUCAUAGUGUGGACUGUGCCGGGCGGACCCGCCGACGUGGCCGGCUUACAACAGGGUGACAAGGUAUUGGAAUGGGGUGGAGUGCCGUUGACGGAGCGCAGUUUCGAAGAAGUGUGCUCUGUCCUGGAUCGCAGCGGAGACAGCGUAGAGCUCCUAGUGGAACCCGCGCCGCCUCAGGACGACGCGGCCACGCCUGCCACGCACUCCAGCCAACACCAUCAUGCCCUAUAUGAACCGGAUACCGACAAAUCACCAUCGUCGCCGACCCGAAGGAAAUUGCCGAAAACCCCGGAGCAGGAGAGGGCCGAGCGAGCCCGCGAGCGGCCCGCAGCGCGCGCGCAGCUGCAAGUGUGGUUCGAGAGCGAGAUGCGCAAACUGGUGGUGGUGCUCAUCGCGGCAGACGACCUGCCGCCGCGCGACCACACGCUCGGAUACGGAGACGAGCCUGAAGCAUUCGCCAGAAUAAGGCUAUUGCCAUCACUCGAGAGCUGCCCACCGGUUGAAACAGACCCCGCGUCCGCGUCAUGCAGUCCAGUCUGGAACGCCACCUUGGGUUUCGGCGGUUUGACGGCAGAUCUCCUGGCAGGACGAGCGCUGGAGCUCACCCUGUGGGACGCCUGUCCUGGAAUCGACCCAGUACUUAUUGGAGAAUGCACUAUGGAUUUGGAAAAAGCGUUUGCGGAAGAACGUGCAGUGUGGUGGACGCUGGAGGAGCGCGGCGGGACGCGGUCAGCCAACGCCUCCCCGCGGGGCUCUCUCACAGGUGCGCGAGCGCUCCGACGCGGUGACUUUACCUCGCAACGCUCUUGUUCAGACGAUAUGGACUCCAUCGGAGAGUGCGCAUCUUUGCUCCAUCCCGACCACGCGUGGGUGGGCGGCUCCAGACGUGGCUCAUCACAGUCUGAAACCUUGGAAGUUGAGGUUUACCAGCUUGGAAAGGACUUUUCACGAUCUUUACCAGGAUCGCGACGAUCAUCAUUCCAGCAGCAGGAGAAAGACGGCGCUGCAGGCACUGACAGCGGCGCUGGGCCGUCGCGGCGCAGCGAGCGGCGGCGCUCGUCGUGCGUCCGCCGCGACCCCGACGACAUUCUGCGCUCGCUGCGCGCCGUCAAGGGCGAACUCGGCCGCACGCUUUCCCUCUCCGGGUCCACCGCCCGGCGCACGGCGACGGGGCGCAAGGGCAGCAUGUGGGCAGCAGUGCCGGCAGCCUGCGAGGCGCUGGGCGACGACGAGGACUCGGUGCCGCUCGGCCCGGGCCAGAUGCCGCCUCGGAACACCUCGUUGCCGCCGCUGCACGCGGAGAUCAACAUCAGCAUGAUCAUGAUUAAAGGACAGCUUGAGCUUGAGAUCUCGCACGCACGGCGAGUGUAUGGCGUGAACGGCGAGGUGCCAGACUCAUACGUCAAGUGCUACCUGCGCGAUGGCGACAAGUGGCUUCACAAACGCAAAACGCGAGUUGUUCGGCGCACCACCGAGCCGCACUUCAAACAGACGCUAAAAUAUCAGGCAAACGAGGCUCUAGGGCGCACAUUGGUGGUGAUGCUCUGGCAGCGCUGCGGCGGAUUCGAGCACAACCUCGCUCUCGGCGGAGCGGAGAUCACGCUUGACAAGCUCACGCUGCCACAACGCACGUACGGCUGGUACCCGCUGUUCCCUGCCACCUCGCUCGCGGCCGACGAGUCGCCCGACUGAUCCAGGGAGCCGUCGCCGGAGCGCCGCGACAACUAGCGCAUCCACGACGGCUCACAAAAACUCGUGUUUGGCCACCUUGCCACGUGACGGCGACUGGUGACAUGCUUGGAGCCGUAUCAGCUUAGACACAACGGAUCAUGUAAAUACCGCGUCAUAACAAAAUGCCAUAAUCAUGAUUUUUAUUCUAUAAUCAUAUAUUCAACAGUCACAAAUAAAAGCUGAUGCGCUCUCAAUGUAAUGUCACAAGCAAUAAAGUCCUUGUCUACAUGUAUAACAUCGUGAGGUAAUUGUGUAACGCCCAUUUCCACAAGUGCUGCCCUAUACAGACUUUAAUUCGUGUUAGUUGUUAGUAAUACGGAGUGUAAAUAAUUUAAAUUGAUGUAAUAUUGUCUCAAUCAUGCUGCCUACGGCAUUAGAGCUCUUAGUUAUGCGCGAAUUUGUUCGUGUAUGGAUUGUGUAAAACAUGAAAGUAAAAUGUAUUAGUUCCAUGUUGUCAACGAUUUAUUUAUCGGCUCACUUACUGAUACUUGGAUAAAUAUUCCGAUGAUAUUCCCCCGAUGAUUAUACAAACGGGAUAUUAAUUUGGCGACCGUCUGACCGAUGUGAACAGAGCUCACUCAAACAGCGACGUUGCCGUGGUAUUAGUAGUAAUAACAAAAGGAGCUUAUAGUGGAUUGCUUCUACUCUUAAAUUAUGCGUAAUGUUUGUAGCAAUUUUAUAUGUUACGUGUUUGUAUUGACAUUAUAGUCUAAUAUCGUAAACUUAUAGACAUUGCGUAAGUAGUUGAAUGUUAUACUGUUCACCAACAAACUAUAUUCUGUAGUAUGAACGCUGGAAGCCAUUUUAACUGUAGAGAUGUUACAGUCUAAGUAUACUCUAUU